CACCCGUGAGCGUCUCUGGGUGAGACCAUGCUGAACUCCACCCAGGUGUCUGUCUUUGUUCUUGGGGGCUACUUCCACGCCAAACACCUGAAGGUGCUGCUCUUCCUGCUGGUUCUGGGCGUGUACCUGCUCAUCGUGUUCUGUAACGUCCUCCUCAUCGCGGUGAUCUGCGUGACCCGGAGCCUGCAUGAACCCAUGUUCCUGUUCCUCUGCAGCCUGUUUGCCAACGAGCUGCUGGGGAGCUCCGGCCUGUUCCCCUUCCUGCUGCUGCAGAUCCUGGCGGACGUCCACCGGGUCUCCGCCCCCCUCUGCUUCCUGCAGGUCUUCAUGGUGCACUCUUACGGGACGGCGGAGUUCUUCAUCCUGGCCGUCAUGUCGUAUGACCGCUUGGUGGCGGUUUGCCGUCCUCUGCAGUACCACAGCGUGGUGACGUGGACGAAGGUUGCCACCCUCACAGCGGCGGCCUGGCUUGCUGCGUUCCUCCUGGUGGUGUGCACCACCUCCCUGAGCUUCCCGCUGCGGCGCUGCAGAGACUUCAUCCCCAAAGUCUACUGUGAUAACUUCUCUGUGGUGAAGCUGGCGUGCGCCGACACCACCCUGAACAACGUCUUGGGCCUGUUUGUCACCCUGCUCACCGUCGGCCUCCCCCUGGCCUUCACCCUGUACAGCUACGCCAGGAUCCUCCUCUGCGGGUCCACUCAGACCCGGCACAAAGCCGUCAGCACCUGCACGCCCCACCUGGCCUCCCUGCUAAACUUCUUCUUCGGGGGUAUGUUUGAGGUCGUCCAGAGCCGCUUUGACAUGAGCGGCGUUCCCGGCGUGCUGCGCGUCUUCCUGUCCCUGUACUUCCUAAGCUGCCAGCCGCUCUUCACCCCCCUGCUGUACGGCCUCAACCUGACCCGCAUUCGCACCGCCUGCCGGCGCCUGCUGCCCCCCCAGAGCCGGCCCCUCCCUCAGCUGUAACAUCUGCUGCUGAGGGAGCGAUGGAGGUGACCUCGGUGGCGGUUUCUGUCCUGCAGAAGACGAGGAGACAGUAGAGACAGUAGAGACAGUAGAGGUUACCUUUAUAAACCAUCAGACGUUGAAUCGUUAAACAAAACCCUCCUGCAUUUGGGGCUUGAUGCUUCGGUUCAGACUAACAGAUUAUUUAUUGUUUCCCAUUUUUUUAGUGGACCGUUUUGGUUUGAAGUCUUUGUGGUUUUGCUCUGAAAUGAAUUUCUCUGAGUUUAUAUUGUUGAAACUGUCGUUCAGCAUAGGACAGACGUCACUUGACGGAGACGAUCAUCUCCUUAGGAUGAACCAUUUAGCGAGGUCAUGGAACUAAAAUGUACAGGAUUCCUGCCUCUACGUUAGUCACAAGAAGUGUGGAAGAAGUGUAGAGACCAGCUGUUUGUUUCUGUUCCAUCAGCUGCACAGAGCUGCAGAAAAGCCUUUGUCUGCUCCAAAUAUGCUGCAGAAGGACGGAAAAUAACAGAACUUUAACUGUUUUUAACACUGCUUCUCAUGACGUAGGUGACUUUAAUGAUGUUUAAAUGUAUUUUUUGUAUUGAAAUGUGCUGCCU